UGCUAUGGUAUUAGUAACCUGGUGCAUCAUUUCGACUUGAUCAGAAUUUAAACCGAAAACUUCUAACGGAAGAUUUCAGUCGACGAUUUCUCUGAGAAGAAAACACCAAGCAGCGAUUAUUUUACACCAGGACUUCUACCAAAGACGAACCAUCACUAACUGACGGACUGUUUCCCUGGAAAACAUGGACAAACGCGACACAUGGAAAUGGGUCCUCGUUCCGAGCGCAGACCGGAACAGCGCCAAGCGGCUCAUCCUGCAGAGGAUCCCUGCACCAACCUCUCAGAGUGGCUCUUCACCUGGCUCUUCAUCUGGCGCUCCACCUGGCGCUCCACCUGGCUCUUCACCUGGCUCUUCAUCUGGCUCUUCAUCUGGCUGUGACCCUGGCUCUCCAGUGGGAGAAAAGAUGGACCGAGGCUACGCUUGGACAAGUGUCCUCAUUCCUGUCCCCAUCCGGCCCAGCAUCCCCGGGCUCAUCAUGCGGAGGAUCCCAGCACCAACCUCUGGGAGUGGCUCUCCACCUGUCUGUGACCCUUUCUCUCCACCUGUCUGUCACCCUGCCUCUCCACCUGGCACUGACCCUUGGUCUUACCAUAGACCAUCCCCUCACUCUACCUUUCACUCUUCCUCUAGCUCCUCCUCUAGCUCUUCCUCUAGCUCUUCCUCUAGCCCCUCCUCCAGCUUUUCCUCAAGCCCCUCCUCUAGCUCUUCCUCUAGCUCCUCCUCUAGCUCUUCCUCUAGCUCCCCCUCUGGCUCUUCCUCAAGCCCCUCCUCUAGCUCUUCUUCUAGCUCCUCCUAUAGGUUUUCCCUUAUCUUCCCGUCAGGUUCCCCCCAAAGGCAAGGCAAGAGAAGCUCCCCCAUCCCAGAGCCUGAGCAGGAACUCAGUGAGCCUUCAAGAGCGAGCCCCGCUGAAGAACCUUUCUAUUAAUUUUAUCCUCCUCGUUAAGUAACUAACUAACUCACUAACUAACUAACUAACUAACUUACUAGCUAACUAACUAACUAACUCAUAAUAAUAAUCUAUAAUAAUCAUAAUAAUUAAUCUACUGUGGGUAAUACACAAACUAUCCCUUUAAGUUUAAACUCUGACUUCAUACUGCAGCUGUUUGCUACCCGAGCCUCCACCUGCGGACAGCAGACAGCUGCAGAUAAAUGCGCAAACUCCAACCUCCACCAGCAACACUCUACCGGCUCCACCACGUGCAACCU